AUGGUUAGUAUCGUGAGGAAAUUCUUAUGGGGUUCUACUAAUUCUUAUAAAAAGAGAAGCUGGGAAUUUGGUGGAAAUUUUGAUGCUCUUACUCCUAGUGAUUCUAACAAGCCAAUUGGGAAGAGCCUUUGGACUGGAAUUCUAAAAUCCAAAAAUACAAUUCAGCAGAACACUAUUGUGCAGGUACAAACUGGAAACAAUCUAUAUUUUUGGAAGGAUAUGUGGAUAGGGGAUCUCAAUUUAGCUGAUUUGUUUCCUGCUUUCUUCAAGCUUUCUAGGAAUAAGAAUGAUUCAAUAAGAGACAUGUUUAGUUUUACUGAUGCUAUCCCAGCCUGGAAUUUUAAUUUUUCAAGGACUCUAAAUGAUAAUGAAGUGAUUUUGGUAACAGAGCUACUUCAACUCAUCAGCAAUCCUGUGUUAACUAAUUCUGGUGAAGACUCUCUUACUUGGAGGCAUGGUAACACUUUCUCUAUCAAAUCUUGUUAUAAUGCUAUUGAAGAAGAAGGUUUUAUCAGGUUCCCUCAUAUGAAUAUUUGGAAUCCAAGAAUUCCUCAGAAAGUGUCUUUUUGCACUUGGUGCCUGUGUUAUAAUUCUGCUCCAACUUUGGAUACUUUGAGGAAUAGGAUUGUCAUCAACGGUUGUAUCUUAUGUUGGAAAGCUGCUGAAUCUAAUACACAUUUGUUUCUGCAUUAUGAAGAGACUAUGAAGCUGUGGCAUUUUUUUUUCAACAGCUUCAAUUUAGUGUGGGUUUUCAGAGAAGAUGUCAAAGCUAAUAUAUGGGAAUGGAGCAGUAAGAAAGGUAAUUCUUUGAAACAAAGGUUAUGGGGCUUGAUUCCUUCUGCCAUUUGGUGGACUGUAUGGAAUGAGCGCAAUAACAGGAUUUUUAUGGGCAAAUUCAAGAAUUCUGAUCAGAUCCUUCAAGAAGUAAAAAUUUUGCUUUAUCAUUGGUCUAUUGGCACCAAUACUUUUGCUGGGUUUACUCUCAAUACAGUGCUUCAUAAUUGGAAUGUUUUGUUAGGAAGCCAUUAG